UGUGAACGCAACCAUAGUGCAUCCAGCUGAUAAUUGGAGUGUAUAAUUUAAAGAACAUUUAUUAUUAGGAAAAUAUACGGGAAAACACAUUUUUCGUGUUCUAGCAAUGAAUCCUGAGUUAGAAUGAACUUUGAAGAAUGCAUUCAUCCCGCAAGAGAGUUUGUCCAGGACACGUGAGCAGUCUACAUGCCACGCUACCGGUGGAGUCAUACAAGGGUACAGUGAAGGAAAAAGCAGAGGAGCUAGUGAAAAAAAAGUUUCCUGAGCGUAUUAUCCAUUUCAACAAGCUUCUGGAGGAGUCUCCAUUCUUGUGUGAAAACCUUGAAGUUGUGCACUCUGACCUCAAGAUUCCUGUGCCUGAACCACAUAUUGUGAACAACCAUGAUGGGGAUCCUCCCGGAAAGAAGCGAAAGAUGUCUGAUGGAUUAGAAGAUGCUGUGACGGGAGCAAAAGUGUUUAUACUUCCAUCAGGCUCAGUGCCCAUCAAUCCACACAUCACACUGAUGGUUGAUACAAUCAAACCACUCAUCUGCCAACUUGUUGAAGAAGCAAAUCUGCUGAAAAUGUGGAUAUCCUUCUUGAUUCCAAAAAUUGAAGAUGGCAAUAAUUUUGGUGUGAGCAUCCAAGAGGAGACCUUGGGAGAAAUCCGUACUGUGGAAUCUGAGGCAGCUUCAUUUUUCGACCAGAUAUCACGAUAUUAUAUGACACGUGCUAAGCUCGUGUCCAAGGUUGCCAAAUAUCCUCAUAUUGAUGAUUACCGCCGAACUGUAGUGGAGUUAGAUGAGAAGGAAUAUCUGUCUUUACGUAUUACGUUGUCUGAGAUCAGGAAUCAUUAUGCUACACUCCAUGACAUGAUCACGAAGAACAUGGAGAAGAUCAAGAAGCCACGCUCUACCAACUCUAUUGAGGCCAUGUACUAAUAUGUCGUCAUUACCUAUAAACUUUCCUGACCUUCUGUCAAUUGUGUAAUGUCCAAGAAAUAUCAUAUUUCAUGUGUAAAAAAAAAGGAAAAAAAAGAAAAAAAAAUGAGCACAAGAAAUGGUAUUACUUUUAAGGGAUUCCCUUUUUUAUUUUUUAUUCAAGGUGUAUCAGUUUAUAGUUUAUGGAGUAUUGAACAUAAAAUAUUCCUGUUAACCUUGGGGAAAUUUAUUUGUAAUACCUGUAUCUGACUGCAUAUGAUUACGGAAAGUAUUAUUGCACUGUUAUUCAUGGAAAUUUAAAGAAUGAAGCACUGGCAUACAUGCUCAAAUUAUUGUUAUU